GAGAGCGAAUGCAAUCAGACAGCCUUUCAGUAUCCCAGUGAGGGACAAUAUAUAGGAUUUUUCAGAUUCAUCUCUCUCUUGAGGUGGGGGAGAAGGAACAGAGUGAGUAUAUGACUUCUUACAUUGAGUGGUCUUUUGCAAACGUAAGUUAAGGAAGGGUAGAGAAUAUGUUUUCACCCUUCAAAAACAUGUUUAUAGGUGGAGAGCCUAAUCCAGUUAGUGAUGAAAGAAAGAAAGAAAGAAAGAAAGAAAGAAAGAGAACUCUUUUCCUUGCCUGUCUUCCCGUCUCUAGUAAUAUGGGCGAGUUCAAUACUCACAUGACUUUUUCUGCAUGCUGAUGUGAUGCACUUUAUAGUCUUGAGUGGUUACAGAGGACACUUACUUACAGAAAGGCAUACACCUCACACAACAGCUCUACUUAAAAGUAAUGCCCUCAGUUUAUAAAACAAGUCAACACAGAAACAGAAAACCCUUAUUUUUGUUUAUGCCACCCAGUCUGAAUCUGUGGCUUUGCAUGGAGGCAUUGGGCAAAAGUCAGACCACAAGUAUGCAGUACCACUGUGAGUAGAGAGAAAAAAAGAUAAUGUUUGUAUUUUGUUUAUGUAGUGUGCUAACCAUCACAAAGCUUUUAGCAAGGAUAUCAAAACUAAAACUAAAAAAAAGUCUAUAUUUCUUGAACUAGUUAAUCAGUUAUCACUUUAAAAGAAUAUCUCUUAGAAAAAUAAACACAGUUUACAGCUGUUAAUCCUAUGUACAUGUGUGUGUGUUUGUGUGUGUGUGCUUCAUUCAAGGAAAGCUCUGUGGGACACACAUGAACACCACAAGCCCUAUUUGGGUGUUCAGUUCCUCAAUGUGAUUAAAAUCAUGUGAGGGAGAGCAGCAACCUUGGCUAGCCCUGCCACCUCUGCAGUGCCCCUGUCCCAUCUCUGCUGCUUCUGACAUCUUAACAGGGCUCAUGCCUGCAAUAGGGUACUUGUGAAAGCUUCUCACUCAACAUAAAGCUAUCCGUAAUCAGGGAUCUGAAUCAUCUGUGCAGCCUCUAUAAGCAGGUUCUAAAAAGAAUUGUACAGAACUGUCUUGUACAGCAAUGAGACGAUUCUUUUUCAAAGAAGUGAAAAUAUUCAGACGACAGUAUUGACGACAGUGCUCUAGAUGCCACUAGAUGAAACUGUAGGACUGCCAACUUUCUAUUGUACUGCAGGAACUUAUUUUCCUUGCAUAUUUUGGAGAGCAACUCAGACCUAAACUAUAUGUGGCAUGCAGUCAUGUGUAUCUUUCUGUUUAUGGGGAAAAACCAUGACUCAGUGGUAGAGCAUGUACUUUGCAUUCAAAAAGGGCCCAGAUUCAAUCCUUCCAGGGAGGACUAGGAAGGACCCCUUUCUGAAACCCUGGAGAGGUGCUGACAGUGACAACACUGAGCAGAGCUGAUGGACUCAUGGUCUGGCUUGGUCUACACCAGUAAUUGGUGGUUCUCCUGACACCCUUUAAAACUGAAGUCACACGCUACCUCUUACGCUUUUCCACCUGUAUGAAAAUAGAACAUAUUUUCAUCUACAAUGAAAAAACAGCAGCUGGGGGAGGCAAUUUUGAGGAGGAAGACUGAUGAAGUUACUCUACCAUUCCCCUCUAUCCCUCUUCUUAAGCACUUUGUAUUCUGCCUUUGUUUGUUUGUUUUUUAAUGAACACAGAAUAAAGAUUUACAUAACUGUGGUCAUGUCUAGUUUGGGCCCCCACAUUGAACUAUGACAGACACAUGUUUCAUUACACUACAUCAGGCUGAUGGGCUAGCAUUUCCAUGUAUUUUGUGCAGCAGAUAUACCUAAGAUCACCACCUUUUCCCCAAGCGGGGCCUGACAACAGAAAUGACACAGGUGAUGCUUUUUUAUGGCAUGACGAUAAUAUUACAAAGAAGUCUUCAACUGCUUAAUUUCUGCUUUUAAAUGUUAUUAAAAGGUGCAGGAACUGAUCCCAGCACUGCCGCACAGUGAGUCAUGGGGCAAGAUUCACUUCCUUUCCCCUUCUUUCCUCAGAGGAUGCUCUGCACAGGUAAGUUACCUUGCCUCCAGUUGCCAGUGAUGUUGCUCAGACGCAGGGAAACGCACCACAUGAUGGUGUCAUAAUGCAACUGGGGAUGGAUGGGAAAGUUAUCACUUCAUGCAAUGCUGAAGUAGCAGAUGGGCCAUAGAGAAAGAGAAAGAAGAUGGCACUGCAAGAGUUACUGAGGCUAAAAAGACUACAAACUGUCUGAGAUGCCAGUUACAGGAAUUUAAGUGCACUGUACACUGCUGCCUUAUGCUACACAAGUAUGCUCACACCGUUUAAUAGUACAUUUAUUUUAUAUGCGAGAAAAACAGAAAUGUUGUAGAAUGUGUGUAACAUGGCACUAAACUUUCAUUUGGUAUCUAAAACAUUCACAAAAACAAUAUAUUGGCAUGUCGAAUGUGCAGAUUUUCUGUAACCAAUAGUAACCAAUAGUAACAUGUGAAUUAUGACAUACUUUCAUUUCUUUCAGACUUGAAAAAGAAUCCCACCUGGCUUAGAAUUUUAACAUUUGUUAUAAUCAAGAAUAUGAGAUUGUAUCAUUCAGGACCCAAGAAAAAAUAAUUUAUGCAACAACAACAAAAUCACACAGGUAUUUAAAGUCCUGUGACAACUGUUACAUUAAGAAAAAUGCAAAAAUAGAAGGAAAGGUUAGAGAAUAUAACAGCUUUCCUGCCUUUCCCACACAAGUCUUCAUGUAUAUACUUACAUUAAAUUCAGAUACCAGAUCCACACUAGGCUCUCCUCUAACCAUUAUUUAGAUUAGCACCUAAACCAUGAUCUGAAGCUUACAAAUUUAAAAGAGUCAAGCUAAUGCAUACUUUGAACAAAGAUGAAAGAGCAUGACUAUCUACUACUGCAUAUUGCUGCAUAUAGUUAUGAUCAGUUAAUAUGUGAGGGGAGAGGCAUUCACAUGGUCUGAUUAGUACCUAGGUCAUCAACAUUUGCCAUCCGUUUCCUCCUCCUUUCCUGAACCUUUUAGAUAUUUCUUUCUAACACAAGAAUGCCUAAAUUUGGGUUCCAUUACUUCCAAUUAGUAUGAAUAGAAUAUUCAACUGCUUGAAUUUUCAACAGGAACUUUGACAUAUAAAUUUAGAGCCCCAAACCCCCACAAAAACCCACAACUCAUUGUGUGGUAACCAUAUAGCUUAAGGGAAAUUAUUUUCCUAUGAAGCUCAAAAGUGAGAUCUAAUAUCCUAAUAUUGAGUGGCAAGCUGAUAAGAAAUACUGGAUGAGACUGAGCAGAGCCAAAUGUAAAAGAGUGAACAAUUAUGGUAGGGCAUAUUCGAAGAAUAGGGACGAUAUAAUUGUAAGGAACUUGGAAAGAAGUGUAUGAGAAAGACUUAAUUAUAUAAAUUGAGUUAAAAGGAAUGUUGGGACACCCAUAGACCUGAAAAGGUUCAUACAACACAGAAAAGUUUAGAGAGUUAGCAAAGAUCCGUCUACAAACUGAAACAUAUAAGAAAAUCAAACUCUUGAAAGUCUUAUUAUGCCUUUAAAUGGAGAAAUGUUAUGUGCUUGGGAGGGGGAGAAGCACUAGUACAGACAAGCUGUUCACUAUUUUAGAGCCAAAAAUUUGGGAAUUAUAUAUGACACAGAUUACCCAUUCAAAACUACACCAGACUUAAGAGUUACAACAAAAUAAUACAUUUUGAAAAGCCUUUUUUAAAGAGAUAAAUUAAUGUCAUACCAUCCAAAGGGGGGAAAAUGCAUUUGAAAUACUGGUUUGCAAAAAGUAUUCAUGUGCAAAUAUGAAGAGCUUGGAGCAAAUUGGAUGAUUGCUUUUGUAUUUCUGGAGACGAAACCUAAAACACACAACACCAAUCAUUUAUUUCUGUGUUGUGUGCACGCACAUGUGUGUACUGUUGCAACGUCUGGCUUGCUAUAGGUUUAAACUUACUACAAUCACUCUAAAACUCUCUGCAAGCUAAUUUAAAACCUGCCAUCUUCACAACUACUGUGUGAGGAAUGCUUUUUCUAACUGGUAUUUAAUACUGGGGCUUUAAAUAUAACCUCAAACCCUCUAUACUAGAGCAGGGGAAGGGAGGGGUGGGAAACAGAAGCUAACCGGCCCUAAUAAAAUGCAGCCUGUUUCUUUAAGGAAAAGUGUUACAGGAAAAGCACAAGAAAUGCUACAAUCUCCACCCACUGUCAUAUAAGAACGGCUGCCUACACACACCACACACCCUGCAUCCUGAAACCCACCCUCCUUUAUAAACCCAGUGCAUUAGGUGAUGGAAAUUCAGGAUAUGCAACCGCAGUACCUCCUAAGUCAUCUCUAGAAAGGCUAACACACGGCAUUUUUGUGACCUCUGCCCACUUGAUCAUGCUUCCCUCUUAUAUCCUGUGAGUGGGCUGUCUAAUCGAGUCAGUGCUUCCCACAGCUCUUGCAGACUGCAGCAGCCGCCCUUCUCCUGGAAAUAACAAGCCCUGGUCUUUUAAACAUUCCAUUCUUCUCUAACACCAACAAUGUUUCCUGCUCCCCUUCCCUUCCAAACACCAGGUCUUUCAAUACCACGCUCCCAACUCCUGACACCUUUCUUUAGCUAUUUAGUGCUUUUAAAACUGUAUGCUUGGGGUCUCGAGUAGUUCUUUACACCUUCUCAGUUCUGAACUGCAGCUAUAGAAAACGUAUUUUACUUAUACCCCUGAAGUUCUCUGUUAAAGAAUUAAUACACUUAUCAGUAAUAAUGAUUAGGUAAGUGUGCAAUGAUGGCUGAUUAGACUACUGUUAGCCCCUUGCUAUAUUUAUCAUUACCCCCCUUGCUUCUUCUUCCCCUCAUUUUCAACCCCCUUGUUAAUGUAUUAUUCCUUGUGUUAUUUACAUUGUAUGUAAAACAAUAAAAAUAAUGGUUUUGUAACAUUUUUACAGGGGGAAAAAAAUCAGCAAGGCUUUCCCUGCACUACUGUUUUCAGACUAAUACCAGCAGUGUUUCAUGGCAUCAAAUGACUAUUGGGAUAUUCCCAAAGGAGUACCAAUAAGAAAGAAAACAAAUGACACUUCAGCAGGAGGUAACAGCUAGUUUCUCAUAUGUUAAUGGCAGAUCCACACAAUACAGUUAAAGCACAUUCAAUGCACAUGAGCACCUCAAAGAAUCCUUGGAACUGCACUUUCCCCCUCACAGGGCUAUAUAUCCCAGCACUCUCAACAAACAACACUUCCCAAGAUUCUUUGGGGGAAUUAAUGUGCUUUAAAUAUGUAUUUAAUGUGCUUCAAAUGUAUUGUGUGGAUCUGCCCUCAUUCAUGCUGGUAAACAGCUACCCAUUUUGCGAAGGUUUCAAGUUAUAGGUUUUUGUUUUCAAGUUUUCCCAUUUGUAAGAGAGAUCAGGGAUAUGAGUACGAAUCAGUAAACAAAGCCACCAAUAUGUCAUGUGGCAAAGUCCAUUUGAUCUAUUAUGGUUUACCAGUUCUACAAUGUAGAUGACACACCACUAUAUUAUAAUUACAGUAUUAAAAUUACAGUGCCUAAAACAGCCUGGGCAACAACUCCAGCCACAAUGAAAAAUAAAACUCAGAAGUAAAGUUUUCCCUCCUUCAUAUUUAUAUUCCCUCUUCAUAUUUAUAUUCCAUCCAACAACUUGUAUUACUCUGUAAACUCAGUGGCUUAUCAUUCUCUUGUGUUGAUGUACCAGGCAGUGAGAUAUCUAUCUAUCUACCUAUCUAUCUAUCCAUCUAUCCAUCUGUUAGAAUGAAAACUUCUUACCCUGAUAACUACAAAAAGCCAAGCUGGCUAUAAGAUGUCAAUAGCAUCUCUGUGUGGUCUUCAAGUGCUGAAUGAGAUGCUUACCCCUUAAGUUAACACAGUGAGGCGAAGCAUUGUGGCAUCUCUUUUGGAGAAUAGGAACUGAGGCUGAAAGCUAGCAACACACCCAAGGCCAAUCAGGUUCAAAUUUCAGUUCUGCUAUAAACUCACCAACCCCAGCAUUCUGUCUUCCUAGAGUCUAUUAAAAUUCACUUUGAGCAGGUCGGCAUAGGCAGCAGAAUGUGGUAGUGAAGUCCUUAGUACAUUGAAUCACUUCAGAUUCCCACUAUAGGUUGGGAAAGCACAUUUUUGAAAGCUUUGUUCAAAUAAAAUACUUCAUGGAGGUAGAAAACUAGCUCAGCAGGGAACACACUGGACAGGAACCUGUGUCUCUCUGAUGUACUAGGCUUUUUGUUUUUGUUUGAAAGGAAUGUUUAUCCUUGGGAUCAUUUUUAAAAAGUAAUAUAUUACCUAUAAGUCUGAAACAGUAUGGUCCAUGCUUAAAAACACAGGAUUCUACCACCUAAUUUAGUUGCUUGAGUAGACCAGGCAUCUGUUUAUAAUUCAGGUAAUAUGACCAUAUAUCAGGUCCGUUAAGAAUUACUCCAGCUUUUACUCUAAGCACACACUAUCAUUUACUUAUUUUUUUUUUAUCGUAAAUGCACGUUUCUUCUUUGCAAUAUGAAUUCUUGGACAUAUUUGUUAUUGGAGAUUGAAAUGGGAACAGGGGACCUGUGGCCUGUUGGACAACAACUGCUGUCAUCCCUGACCAUUGGCCUGGCUGGCUAGAGUUGAUGGGUGUAGUGUGGUAUAGUUGUUAAUAGCAGUAGACUCGUAAUCUGGUGAACCGGGUUCACAUCUCUGCUCCUCCACAUGCAGCUACUGGGUGACCUUGGGCCAGUCACACUUCUUUGAAGUCUCUCAGCCCCACACACCUCAACAGAGUGUUUGUUGUAGGGGAGGAAGGGAAAUGAGAAUGUUAGCCGCUUUGAGACUCCUUCGGGUAGUGAUAAAGCGGGAUAUCAAAUCUAAACUCUUCUUCUUCAACAUCUGGAGGGGAGCGGGUUCCCAAUUCCUGGGCUAAAAUAUAGUCUCAGUGAAAUCAAUGAGACUAGAUGCUUAGGCGCCAGUCAAAAAUAUUCCUCUUCUCCCAAGGCCUUUGGCUAGUUACUUUGCUACGUAUUUUUGUGUUUCUAUAUUGUAAACCGCCCUUUAUUCCUCAGAGGGAGGGUGUUUAGAAAUUUAAUAAAUAAAUAAGUAUCUGUGUGCUUAUGCUCCCAAUUGGUGCACAGAACCUGCUUUCCAGGUCAUGUGGCCAGCAUGACUAAACCGCUUCUGGCGCAAUGAGACACUGUGACAGAAGCCAGAGCACACUGUUACCAGCAGCUCAACACAUUAUAUAUAUAAUCUUACAUGCAUCAUACACACACACACACACACACACAGUAUAUAUAUGAUACAUGUAUGAUUAGGCCUUAUUGCACUUUAAGGAAUGCUGUUAUGUAGCACUGUUUUAAAGCAUUUUAACCACUGUAACCGGUGCCAAAUAGCAGACUGCUUCAGUUUGUGUUAUAAAUAAGGACACUAUAUAGAAAACCUUUCUUGUCUGGAGUAAUCCAGUGGCAACAAUCCAGAGGAAGGAACAGUAAAUUAAGCCUCUCUCCACAUUCCUAUACACAUACAUUUAGAUUAUGUAACUGAUGGGCAGAUUGUGUGUUACAAUAUGAUGCCUGUUGUGGCAGGAACCAGACUUUUGAUUCUGAAUACCUGGUUGUCACAGGCAAUGAUUUAAUGCAAGAAAACGUCACUAGUUCACUAGCUUGUCUGAGAGUCUAGUAUAAUAUAUGGCAGGCUCUGCCCUGUGGUUUUCUUAGGGUUCUUUUGUUUGUUUGGCUAUUCUUUGGCUAUUAAUUGCACAAACAUUUUGCAUCUUAGGUAACCAUAUUUCCUUUCUUCAUAUGGAGCUUGGAAUCAUUCCUGAAAAGGUGGUAAUAAACAUCAGCUUGCAAUUAUUCAGGAUGUUAUGCAUGCAUACUAUUCCUGUACAUUCCCCAAGAGCUUUUUAAACAGAAGGAAGAACUCUCCAACAUCAGUAAGUAAAGACACACAUUAGUUGUUCCCUUGGCUCAUGAUUUGCUACCAAAGAAUGUAUAAGCACUUCCCACAUUAACUCCAGAAGGCACAGAAACACACAAUCAAAUCCUAAGGAGAUCCUGGAAAGAUUAGCAUUUCUGAGAGAUGUAGAAACUUCUAAGCAAUGUAUGAAAUUUUAUUCUGCUGUAAGUGAAUGCCUUAAAACAUCCCAUGAAGUCAGGAUAGCACGAGAGUCUCACACUUAUAACAUCUACAUCUUAAUACACAUGUGUGUACAUUUGUUUUCCAAAAAGAAUAUGGUAAGAAUCCCUGAGCAGUUCCUUUCCAACAAUCUCUUUCAUAUUCUACCUUCCAGUUUGCAUAGAACUAUGUGGCACUUUUCAAGCACCACAGCAGCAUUAAUGGAAUCUUAAAUGUUUUGUUUAUGCUCUUCCUCCCCAUAUUCUUCCCCUUUUCUACUGUUUACCCUCUUCUCACUAAAGCUGACUUAAAUGCCUGUUUUAAAUUCUGUCUUUUUUCACAGUUAAAAGCACACUAUUCAUGCUUUAAAAAUGAACACUUUCACACUUUCAAUUAGCAUGUAUAAAUUAUGUUAUGUAUAAAUUAUGUUAUGCUUUCGGUUGAAAAAAUGUUUAAAGUGUUUUAAAAGCUUCCCAUAUAAACAGUAAAACGGCAAAUCUUAAUCAAUGUUUAUUAAAUACCAAAACCUUACAGUACACUAAGUACACCACUAGGUGGCACUACAUAUAAUGCAGCCACAUCAAAUUAUCACUAAAUGUAUAAAUUGAUUUUCUUUUGUAUCAAGCAACUCUUACGACAUCUGUUUAAAACAGGACAUUGCAUAGCAGCAUGAAAGAGGCAGAACUAUUUGGAUUUAUAUAAAUAUACCAAUGUUGAAUUCACAUGAGUUUAUACAGGUUCUUUGGUUAACACAAUUUAAUUAUUUAAAUCAAUUAUUUAUAUCCACCUGCUUGAAGAUACACUGUGCUUUCAAAUAACUUGAUAAGGUGUCAAACUCAGGUGUUUACUCAAUUUAUCAACACCACAACAUAGUUAACUACAGUGAUACCUCGGGUUACAUACGCUUCAGGUUACAGACGCUUCAGGUUACAGACUCUGCUAACCCAGAAAUAGUACCUUGGGUUAAGAACUUUGCUUCAGGAUGAGAACAGAAAUCGUGCUCUGGCGGCGCAGCGGCAGCGGGAGGCCCCAUUACCUAAAGUGGUGCCUCACGUUAAGAACAGUUUCAGGUUACGAAUUAAGUACUUAACCCGAGAACGAAUUAAGUACUUAACCCAAGGUACCACUGUACUGCAAUCUCCUUUUAAAUGACAUUUGUCUAACUUUCACUCUCAUGCUUGAAUAUUCACCACUAGUAUUUUUUAAAAAAAUCGCCUACCAGGCUUUGCUGGAACUGCAAAGCAGCUUAACCUAAACAGCAUAUAUUUAAUUUUACUAAUCACUACACCAUUACUUUCUAACCUUUGGUACAAAAUUGUGAAUAUAAGCAAUAUAUUUAGUGUAACUAUAAAUUACUCCCCAAACCUCCUUAUAUAUUGUAUCAUUCUUAUAGAAACAGAACCUCAGAGAUUAAAGUGUGUGCACACAUUUGUAUAGAUUCUGAAGGUAAAACAUUGUUGCUGCAACAAGUUUGUUAGCCAAGUAGAAAAGGCUUAAUCAUCCCCUAUUUUCAUUGUUAGAUUUCUGUCCCCCUCUCACCUAUUACUAGCACAGCUCAAGUACCUAAACAUGAAAUUUCCUGUUUAUACUUGUGCUAUAACUGAAUGAAUCCUGCAGAUAUCCCUGAUAUGCACCAACCUGCCAGGAAUUUUCCCUAAAAAGGCAUAAAGUGAGGUGGGGAGGGGGCAAACAGAGAGAAACUUACUGUGUUUGACAGAAGACCAAUUUUUGCUCUCUUACAUAAAAUCAACCACCUGAACUUUACUUGCUCCCAAACAUGUGUUAUGGUUUCAAAAUUUAUAACAUUUCCCCCCAAAUCCUCAAAAACUUUUUCAAAAGGCCUUAAUCACUGCUUUGAGGUAGCAGAACCUCUUAAUUAGGGAAGUAAUCGUGGUUUACACGGAUGCACACAUAGACACACACAUGCUUUUCAUUCCCUUCCUUGGUACUUAAUAUAGAUAAAACAAGGCACAAUACAUUGGGAAGCUCCAAAUGAACUGUGAAUCUAUUUUUAAAUUAUACCUUUAGCAUGCACUUACCCAGUGUCCAUCUUUGUGGGUGCUAGCCUUUGUCACUGCCACCAGCAGAUGGUGACCUAAAAGAUAGUAUGGGCAAUAUAUUCCCAAAGGUAGCAACAUGUUCUAUAUAUUGCAUAUGGCGGGAGGGGGAAUCAAACAUGCUUCCAGUCCCAGAGCCCUAUAAACAGCAGCUUGUUUCCUCUUCCUUCUCUUCAACUACAGAAGGAGACGAUAACCCUGUCCCUCAAAGCUGAGCUACACUUUCCGAUUUCUCUGAUGAACUAUUCCUUAGGCAAAACACCCAACAUAAUCAAUGGGUCCAUGGAGAUAACUUGAUAAAUUGAACCACCACUUGAAAAUGACAUGUACCAUACAAAAUACUUGGGUAUUCUAACUAGUUUGCAUCUAGUUUUCCAGUGCAGAAUAUCCACACCUUACAAUUCAACAUACUUUGAAGGUUGAUUAUUAAAACAAGAAUCAUGUAGACAUACCUUAGAAUAGGUCAGGCUCAGAUGAACGUCUAAAAUACAUAACCUCCAGUAGCAAAACCUGUAACCUCAAGUUGCAAAUCCCUUUUUUCACUUCCUAUGCCACACUAGACUACAUGACAGUGGCUCUCCAAGCUUUUACUGUGGAAAUCCACAAGCAGAAUGUAAUCUUUGUUGAGGGCCAAUCCUCUGUCCUGUCCCACCCUCUGACUCAGAUGGUGUUCUUUGUCUCUAGCAUCCAGUGCUGGAAGUCUGGUGAUUGACUCAUGAGAGGAUGUUGACUUACCAUUUGGGAAAUCACCACCACAUCAUUAAAACAGCUACAACCAUUUCUUGAUAGAGGCAGGCAACUUCCCUGAAACACACCUCACUUUCCCCUUCAAACAGCUUUCUUCCUAUGACGGGUGACUACAUGGAACAUGACCUUGGGAAAACGGGGAGGGGCAUGGGCCGCUGCACUGAUCUCUGCAACCACCAUAACAUCAAUUUUAAAAGGCAUGAAGUAUCAUGUGACUACAGUGUGCAGUAGAAUCAAUAAUCUAUACCAAAUGCCUCAACAGUCCUUACACAGAUUAGGCUAGGAAACCUAGUUUCUAGGCACUAAAUGUGGCCCUCCAAGCCUCUACCUCUGCCCUUGUUCAGCAUCCUCCUUAAGUGUGGCUGGAAUGUGUGUUUCCACUCUGAUAAUAAUGAUGCUUGCUUGUCUGGAGAGGAUAGAGAGCGGGGAUGUACAAACUAGCCUACUGUAUGAAGGCAAAAUUUGUCUUUGUUGCUCCAUCCACUUUUUCAUUUCACUCCACACACUGUCACAUGACCCCUCCAAGGUUGCUCAGAAGGGAAUGUGGCCACUAGGAUGGAAAUUUAGUUUACAGACUAAAAAACAGGCAAUCAGAGAACUCCUAAUGUUGUCUCUUGUUUUUUAGGAACACCUUUCAAAAUAGGCCAAAAUGCAUAACACUUUUAAGAAAAUAGAUUAAAUGCCUCUUUAUGAUUAGAAAUUUCUUGUAGAACAUCUGUGUGGAAUCUUGCCUUCAGAUUGUUCCUCAAAACCCAUCUUCUACAUUAAGCCUUUGGCGCAAUCUUCUAGUACUCAACCCCUACCGAAUAUAAACUUAAUUACACAUGGCUGAACUAACUGCACAUUCCCAUUUACCCUCUUUAUUUCUCCCCUCCUUACACUGCCCAUGGCAACCAUUUUGUGCUGACACUCAUGACACUUUUAUCAAAAUAUGGGUACUGGCACCUCAUUUGUUUUUGAGGCAGACUCUACAGCAAAAGCUUAUUUCAUUUUUUUUCUACCUAAAUAAUAGUCCUCUGAGGUUCACAAACAUAGGGCAAGCUUCAUCAACUUGCACUUAGUGUCUCCACACAGUGGAGUUGCAGAAGGGUGAGGAAGAGCUCUGCUGAGUAAAAUCAGGGAGUAUUCCCUGAAAAAUAUUCAGCACUGUGCUGCAGCAAGGAAAGUCACUUUGUAUGUUCAUCUUUUGAUGUGACAAAAGCAAAGUACAGUGGGCACCUGCAUUUAUUACUUUAUUCUCAAACUUAAAAUAAACAUAGCAAUAAGUGACAAGAUAACCUACUUCACCACCCAACUUCUCUUUUAAAAAGGGGUAAGAAAAAUUAGAAUAAAUAAAUAGCAUUGUUACAAGUUUUUAAUUUUCCAGUUUGGAAUAUUUUCAUCCUCAGCAUAGGCAACUGGCCCUGAAAACACAAUUGAUAAAAGCAUCUUGCUAAAAUGAGUCACAGCUCUGGCUUGGGAUUUUUUUUUUAAGGUGUCCUAUUUCUUUGACUCAUACUUUCAUUCCUGGGAAUUCCCCUUCAAACAUUAAUUUUUGAAACAGUUGCAGUACGACAAAUAAUUUUAUGACAAACGAAAGAAGCAUUCAACACCACCCAUGAAAACCUCAAACCUAUAUUUAUAAACAGAACUCUUCCAAUAAAUCAUUUACAAACACGACAGACAAAAACAGAUUUAGAAAAAUACAAGGUGUUUUCUAGUCUACCAAAACAAGGUACAAGUGGAACAUGCAACAGUGUUUGAAGAAGAUGCUUCAUACAGUUGUCACAUGGCAACGACUACAGAUUAAUAAUAAUAAUAAUAAUAAUAAUAAUAAUAAUAAUAAUAAUAUUUUCUUAAAUCACUGAUGAAAGUCUUUUAUGCAACAUACUGUAAAGGAAGGCAAUUUCACUUACCUGUGAUCUAAGGUAUUUUCCUCCCAUGAGCUGGAUGAUAUCAGUUGAUCACCUGACUGUAGUUUGAGCGAAGGAAGUCAGCUGACCAUCUUUUCAGGCUGUCUUAAGCUUUAAUACUUCAUAGUACUUUGUCAUGUGAGUCAGGACAGAACCAGCUGUCACUGCUUGGGGGGGAAGGGGGGGAAAUGGGCCCCUCUGUUCCCACCCUCUUCCUCCUCCUUCUCUCUUUCUCCUACCCCGCCCCCAUCCUCAUUCCCUGAUCCAUUCUUCCAACUUUUCGCUCGUUCACAGCUUGCAUGGCUGGGGUCUCUCUCUCUCUCUUUCUCAGCCGAAUUCCACAACAUACAAGCAUUUCUCUGCAUCUUCAGGUUUCUACACACACACACCACCACCACCACCGCCACCAAGAAAUCAGAGAAAAGGAGAAAAGGCACCACAUUCCACAACUCUCAGUCAGCCCUGGCAAGCUAUGAGGCAUUUUCAGUCACACAGUACAAAAUGCAUUAGUCAGAGCUGAAAGACCACACACUUUGUACCACUACCAUGCGCUCAGAGAGUGGUCUGAGCUAAGCUAUGGGGGGGAGGGGGGAGCAGCUUCCUGUGCCCUUGUCAUUUUACCUACAUUUCCCUGUUUAGGAAAAAGACAUUCAGCAGAAAAAGGCAACAGCUGGAGUCCACUGUAAACGCAUCUGCUUAAUGUUGAGACGUCUCAGCCGCCCUAUUCAGAUGUCACGUCCUUUACGUAAACACCUCCCCCCAACAAGCAGAAUGUAUUGUUCCGAAGACUGCAAGACAUUAUCUAAAUCAGAACUCCUAUCUCCCCGAUGUUUCGUACUUUAGGAAGCCGAGGAAACAAAAGUGGAAGUAAUGCUACGUGGUUCAGAUUUUCCGAAACCACAUAUAUUUUCAGUCCUAUUCUUUGCCUUGUUAACUUGUAUCCAUAACACUAUAUAUAUAUAUAUAUAUAUAUAUAUAUAUAUAUGCGCACAUUUAAAAACAUUUAUGACGUUUUCUGGGAUUUCUGAGACAAGUUCUCUCCCCACCCCUUCAGAAACUCUGACCAGAAGAGAGACUUCAGUAUAAAGCAGAAAAAUGAAAAGAAAAUGCAACAUUCCUGAUCCAAAUGAUCUAAUCGUUCAUCCAUCUGCUCUCUGCUUUGCCCCCCUCCUCUUGCUUCCCCUUAUCUGUUGCCUGAAGGCAAGUUAGCGCUAUGCAUACCAGUUCAGAAGGAAAUCAAAUGCCACUUUGAAAAUCACACUCUUGGGGAGAAAACCAAGCACAUGCAGUUGUCUGUUAGAGAAAUACUUGCACACAGCCCAGACUUGGCAUCCCCGUUCUGCACGGGGACUGUCCCUAGUGGACUCAGUUACUGUCACUGGCUUUUUAAAAAUGAGGAGGAGGAGGAAAGUACCAUUUGCACUAGGAUUUUUCUUUUCUUUUCUUAAGAAAGCACAGGUUUUUAGGACUGAAAACCUGAUAGCAAGCAUAAGAAAGAAACUUUUUUUCUCAUUUCUGCAUGCUUACAACAGGUAAGGUUUCUGCAAGCAAAUUUUUUAAAAAUGAAAAAAGCAAAUGAGAUAUGAAUAUAAAUAUUUUCCACAUUUCUAUAUCACAUAGUCUCAUACUCCAGUGCCUUGAUAAUGUAAGCACUCACAACUGGCAAAAGACAGAAACUAGUUUUCUUAAAUGUACCCCGGAGAAGUAAAGCGAUGACAGGGUGAUAUCCUGUACAUGUCUACUUUGAAGUAAGAUCUACUAAGUUCAAUGGGAUUUAGUGCCAGGUAAAUGGAUAUAGGAUUGCAGUCUAAAGCUACUCAUUUGGCUGAUCAUAGCAAUAACUCUUUGUUUUGCUAAUUUAUUUUCCUAACAAAGAAUCAAGGACAGGGGGUUAGAAUAGUGAGAUUCUCCAGCAAUCAGGAAAAACUAGCAUCUUUAUUUACUUCCAAAACCAGUAGUAGCUGCUGCUAUGUAGCUUUUUAGCAAAGGAAAGCUAUUGCAGAAGCAGCUCUGGUACUGAAUAAUGUCAGCAUUAUAAUAAAAGCAGCCUGAUGAAUAAUUCAUGGAGCAAGGAAGUACCCUAGCAUUAAAUGGCAAUAGAUAAAACGGAUCUUUCACUCCCCAAUUCCGCUAAAUAUUUAAGUGGAACACUGAAGUCAUGCAGACUGAGUACGAUGGAAAAACAUUUUGGAUCAUUUUGUAUGAUACUAGCAUUCUUUGAGCAAUAUUUGAAAGAAUGGGAAGUAGAAGAAGAAGAAGAGUUUGGAUUUGAUAUCCCGCCUUUCACUCCCUUUAAGGAGUCUCAAAGCGGCUAACAUUCUCCUUUCCCUUCUAAAAGCAGAAGACAGGAACUGCAGUUGCCAUGGCCAAGGCUCCUUACAUGGAAUCCCUAACCAGUACAAUGCUUUGCUCAUCUAAACUUUGCAACUGAAAUAGGAGGAAUGCACACAAUAUAAAACAGCUAUUAGGCUACAUAAUAGAUAUACAGACAUAGGACUCAAUCUGUGACACUCAGAUGCCAACUGUGUUCCAUUUCUACUCCGGAAGCACCAUUAUAGGAGCUAAAAAAUAUCAUUCACAACAUCAGGGAUCAACUCAUUCAUCUCUUCACCUUUCAAUGUUAUAAAUGCCUAUGGUUAUCUUCCCAGAUCUAUGGCCUAAGGUUAGUCUUCAAUCUUAAAUUUGAGAGCUUUAGUAGCUGUGUUGACCAACACUACCUGAACAGGAAUGUGAAACCCAUUCAGCUUCCAAGUAUCUGCUGCUGGGCUAGAGACAAUUGAGAGUAAACUGUAAAAACCACCCAAGCUCUAUAGAUCAAAUAAAUUCUUAAGAGCAGAUGGCAGAGAAGCAAAGUACUACUACUUCUCUUUAAUACAGAAAAUGCAGGGUAUUUGCCUCCCCUAGACAAAUGUUUCUUGUCAAAGUGUGCAUGGUCUAAUGUGACCUAAAUACUGAAUAGCAAUAUGUCAGAUAAUAAUAAAAACUCCAGACAUUUUUUGGGGAGUGGGGAGUAAACUUCCACAUGAGAGAUUCCCAACUUCCUAUAAUUUCUUUGGAAUGAUAAUUUUUCAGCACCUUCUCUAAGAGCAAACCAUAUUGGCUCAGUUGAGCUCUGUCCACGUUCUUUAUUUAAAAGCAGUGUGAACUUUCACACUACUAACUAACCACCUGUCAGGAUUUCAUCUGAUUGUGACACCAGUGUAAAUCAGACUUGCACUAUUUUAUCCCAUCUACCUUUCAGCUUUUAGAACUGCAUUUUUCAAGUUGUUCAGGUUCAGGUGACACCAUUUCUAUUUGUUUUGCCCACCAGAGGGUAACACCGGAUGAACUGAAACCCUCCUUCCACUAAAAUGUUACUGGGCUUUUUAAACAUUUGCUUUUGUUUUCUUAGAAUACCUUGAUUGAUUACAGUAACUCCCUGUUCUGAAUUUCAUCUAAACAAAAAUUCUAGGUGAGUCACUUCUGCCCAAAGUAUGACAUGAGCCUAACAACACUCUCCCUACCUGUGCUCCCCAGUACAGUGGUACCUCGGGUUACAGACACUUCAGGUUACAGACACUUCAGGUUACAGACUCCGCUAACGCAGAAAUAGUGCUUCAGGUUAAGAACUUUGCUUCAGGAUGAGAACAGAAAUCGCACAGCGGCAGCACGGCAGCAGCGGGAGGCCCCAUUAGCUAAAGUGGUACCUCAGGUGAAGAACAGUUUCAGGUUAAGAACGGACCUCCAGAACAAAUUAAGUUCUUAACCCAAGUUACCACUGUAUUUGGUAUUCAUAGGCAUCCUGCCUCUGGUCCGGGAGAUAAUAUAACCAUCCUAGAUAGUAACCAUUCACUGUUAAAUAACAGUGUCCGCAUAAAUUUGUCUAACCGCCUUAUAAAGCCAUCCUAGUGGAUGGCUAUCACUACAUCUUUUUUGUAAUAAUAAUAAAUAUAAAUAAAAAUGUGCACCCCACCCCCGAGACCAGUCCAUUGUAACUAUCCAACCUCCCAAAAUUUCCAUGCCUCUUGCGAUGGUUUGACCCCUUUCUGUUUUGACAGUACUGUACAAAUUCUACAAACACCUUCCAUAUCUUCUCAAAAUCAUUUCUCCUGCAUAUUCCCCACCUUAUUAUAAUAGUACGUGUUAAUUUAUCAUUAAUAGCUAUAUCCCACACCUCUUUAUACCACUCUUCCAUUUUAUAUUCACCUUGCCCCUCCCACUUCCUAGCUAUAAUAACUCGUGCAGCUGUCAAUAAAUUUGUGAUCAAGUCCUUCAUAGCCUUACAUCAUUACAUCUCAAGGACAAUGUUACCUCGAUAUCAGAAAACAAAUGUAAGUACCCAACAUGUAGGCAAGGGCAAAAGUUGGCAGCCUCCUAGAUGUGUGAGAAGCACAGAAUUAGUUACUCUGAAAGCCACUGCCCUCCUCUCGUAUCCUGAGAGGGAUAGCCCCUGAGCAGUCCCCCAUAGUCAAAACUCAUCUUACAAGUAAUGUUUGUAGUUUUUAAUGACAAUAAUUUUAAUUAUAACAACAAAGAAAUUUAGAUAGGAUCGUGGUUCUUGGAAACAGAAUGCACUCCUAUUUCUCAAUUAAAAUUAGAAAACCUUUUGACAUUGUUUUUCUGUAAUAAGUAAAAGCAAACAUGCUGCUGCCGAGAGUUAUGCUCUAACUGUCAGGUUCCCCAGAUGCAUAUUUAACUUUCACACUUUAUACCAGUGAUUUCCACAGCAAUCACGCAACAUUUCCUACAGCACUCAUAAUGUAUACUACUGCCCUUAGUCAUCAUUGGUUUCUGCAAAAUCCACCACUAGGUAUUUUUCAAUGAUCCUUGCCGUGUUAUCACUCUCUCCUUCAAAAGAAAGUAUUUUGUAACCAUAGCAAUAUUUCCCCACCCUAAUAUUAUUUCCCACUGCUUGUGCUAGAUUUUUGCACUUAGCAACCACAGCAGCCCUUGUUCUAAACUGCUAAUAUCUCCAACAUUUAGAAGCUCUUUAACAAAAUAAUUCUUAUAUAUAAACACCGCAUUCCCAGCUUUAUGCUUUCAAACAAAUCUAAUAAUCAACCUAUAUCGAGAAUGAAUUCAGCAUUUAUAUUAUAAAAUGUGAUGUUUCAAAAAAUAUGUUACACCUGUUUUUAUCUUUUUCAUAUCCAUGUGGCUUCCUGCAAGACUCUAUCCCAUAUUUUGUUAAAGGUGAUGGAUUACGAAUACUGAAAUUUGUAGAUCAAUACAUUAUCAUUACACUUACUUUAGAGGGUCCAAAAGUUUACAGUGCAUUUAAUGUUAUUUCCUCUCUCACUCUUGCCUUGUUCAGGAUUCCAAGAACUUAGAAUUUCAAGUUCAGUCUAACCCAGCAGCACAAAUGGAAUAAAUAUUUUUAGUAGCCCAAAUUUUCCAGCACCAUCAUGCCCUGAGAACUAUCAACACUUUUCACCACCAGAUAGUUCGCUGCUUUCAGCUGCAAAACAACCCACAUUCCACAAACCACCUGCUCCUCUGAAUUUAUCUAAAGGCCCCCAAGUCUGUAAUGCAAAGUUUCCCUUCUCAAGCAGCAUUUCAGCCACAAGGAUAAGAAGAGCUCCAUAUAUUUUCCUCUAUAAAUGGAGAAGAAGGUGGGAUAAUGCAAUAUUGACUGCGGAAAUGUCCCAUGGGGGAAAGGCUUAAGCACCUUCUUUCCCUUUCUGGCUGGAUUUGCAGUUUUUACUGCUGUUAUUCUGUUUUUUUAAAAAAAGCAUUCUAGAAAUCAUUGAGGGGGCACCCCAAAGGCAAAUAUUCUUGCCCAUCUCUCUCCCUGUUCUACAGAGUUUAGUCAGAAAUCAGAAUCACUCACCUCUCGUCUAAAAUACGACAGUUCAAGCUAUUUGUACUACUUAAAUCUGCUGUAUAAAUCCAGCUGCAACCAAGCUUUCUGGGAUUGUGCACACAUUUUAAUAGUUUCCUAUAAAAUCCAUAUAUAACAGUAACUGUAUUAUAUUAUGCACUUUAGUCUGUUAGAUAUCAUACACAUUAUUGAACAAAUGCACCCUUGUUAUGUAUGCUAAUACUAAAUGAAAGGAAUUUAUUUAAAAACAGUUUUAGAAGGAAACAUUCCACUCCAGCAAACGCUUUUCUGACAAGUCAACAUUCAUUGUUUAUAAUGUGAGGAUAAAGGUAAGAUGCAUUAGAGAGGAGAGGAGAGGAGAGGAGAGGAGAGGAGAGGAGAGGAGAGGAGAGGAGAGGAGAAAAGAAGAGAAAAGAAAAGAAAAGAAAAGAAAAGGGAAGGUUAGAUGCCAUAUAAUCUCAAAAACAACUUUAGGGAACAUUUUCCUUCAGCUACCAGCAACAGCAUUCAUAAAUUCAGCUGAAUGCAACGCAGGGGAAAAAAUUCACAAACUCUAUCCCCCAAUGCUCUUAACUAAUGUAGAAUUUUCCUCAAAAGCUACUCAUUUUUUCUUUCAUUUUAUUAAAGAUUUGCAGAAAUUGAACUUUACAAACAUGUAAGAGCUUAUUAUUUGCCUGAGAAUGCUAGUGAAAUACUUCUUUAUUUCCUUUAUAAAUGUCUCAUAAUUAUCUACAGUUGAACCUCUAAAGUCUCUAUUCUGGGGUGCGGAGAAGAGAAAUUAGCUGACCCACGAACGCAAAUUGAAACCUUAGCAUGGAUGCUAAUGAAACAGCAUUCAUGCUCUGUUACAGGAGGGUCUACAAGUUCAAAUCACUUUGAUUUUUAUACUUUCUAUUUACAUUAGAAGCACAUGCUGCUUUAUAGAAGUGAGUCAUGGGCAACUUACACUCACCAGGAACGAUGCCUCAAUGCCUUCCAUAUGAGCUGCAUCAGGAAGAUUUUGGGCAUCACAUUUUGAGACUUUGUUUGGAGUCUCAAACAAAGGUGUGCUCUCCAAAGCCCACAUUCCCAGCAUGUUCGCACUCCCGUCUCAGCAACAUCUACGCUGGCUUGGUAAUGUACACAGAAUGGAAGACGGCAGGAUCCCCAAGGACAUCCCCUACAGGGAGCUGGCUUCAGACACUAGGUGUAUUUGGCAGACCACCUCUGUGUUACAAAGAUGUCUGCAAAUGUGGCAUGAAGGCUGGCAACAUUAACCCAACAGUCUGGGAACCCCUUGCAGAUGAUCACAGUGCCUGGAGACAGUCAGGUUGUGUACCCACAGCAGUGACCAGAGGAGGAAUGACUGCUGGGAGGAGCACAGAGAGAAGGAACGCCAUGGUGCACCUGUAGCAGCAAAACUGGAUGCCUUCAAAUGCCCCAGGGGCAACAAAACAUGUCUGUCCCACAUCGGUCACUACAGCCACAGCAGUUGCUGUAAUUCUCCAAUGGCUGACAUUACCCCCCAAAGGCACACUCUUCCAUUAACUCCUGAGACAGACAGAUGCCAACAUGCAACUACAUUAGUCAGAACUAUGAAUGGUUUGAUUCAGUAUAAGGCUGUUCUCAUACGCUCGAUAUACCAUUUCAUAAAUUAUGUUUUUGCUAUCGUCAAUUUACUAUUAUUUUUACACAACAAUCAAGCUAACUUUGUGAGUUUUAUUGCCAGUUUCAGUAUUACAUUUGUCUGUUUCCCAUUUUCAUUAAUUUGUUAAUUUCCCAGUUCUAUAGUGCUUAAUUUAAUAAACAUUUUAGUCCAGGCAUCCAUACCAAUGUGAUAUGAUCUAUCGAUUAUUAUUUUCCAAAUUUUCCAAAUGCAAAAUACCGUACUUACAACAUUCUGCCUGCAUAUCCUGAGGAAUUGCUUAGGUGGGGAAUGAGUUGAUCAACAGCUGCCACUUAGGAACCUGAUUUCCAUAUGCUUUGUCCUGCUCAUGAGCAUAACCAAGCAAGAUUUUCCAUUCCUCUCUGGGGAAUUUCAACUGAAGGGCUGACAUAUGCUUACUUCACUUUGUCCUACAUGACUUUAAUAUGACUAUUUUUUCUUUUCUUUGCAGCUCACUUAUUCUUUACUGAAAGGCCUGUACAGAGAAAUUCCCUUUUCUCCACCGAUGGAAUUCAUGCAAUCGCUUUUUCUUCUAGUUUUUAACAGGCUGUAGUAAUUUACAUCUGACCUAUAGAUAUCCAGAACAGAUUUCCGCAAACAGCAGUCGAGUUCCUGGAAAGUUCUUUGUAGUCAGAACUGCAGCAGUUUCCUCUGCAGCAGCCAUGAUUGGCUUUGUGUGAUGAUAGUAUUGCACAUGACCUUACAGCUGAAGUCUAGGACUGCUGUCGAAGCCAGACUUUCCUUGUGGGAGGAGAAAAACUAGCCCAAAAAGACAACUAGGCAGAAAAAGCAGGAUUUUAAAAAUAGAAAUAUGGGCCAAAAUGCCUAAAAUUCUGCCAUUAUAUCCUAUCAUAUAGCCACUUCUCCUAGUGACUUCUUAAUUCUUUUGUAUUAUUUACUCCAGACUUUUUAAAAAAGCAGUAAAUGAAAACCACAGGUUAAGAGCAUUUUAAGCCAAACUCUUUCCCCUUUUCUUUUUCUAUGCUAGCCUUUAUGUAUGAAGUAGUAUUAAUAUUAGGAAAAUCCACCAUGAACCUUAGAAUCACAGAGUUGGAAGAAGUCCUGUCUAACUCCUUGUUCAAUGCAAGAUAUCCAGAGCUAGAACAUAUAACAGUUGGUUGCCCAUUUUGCAUAUCCAAUUCUAUAUCAGUGUUGAACUGCAAUCCUGAUCCUUUGCUAGUUAUGCCACUUAUGUGAGGUGAAUCAAAAUAGGAGGCAAAAUAGGAAGUGAAUAGCUCUUCCUUACCACCCUUGCCAGGCAGUGUGGCUAUCAUUUCCUCUUCCUUUGAACAUACCUGAGUAAUUCCCUUUUCUUGCUCAUAACUUCCCUGAACUUGUUCCAGGCUUUAACUUUCCUAUGGCUAAAGCUUUCUCCUAAAGCUUUUUUCUUGACACUAUCCCUACAAAUCUGGGCAACCUGUCCAUCAUUCCAUUUCUUGUAGAUGUCCUUUUUAUUUUCAGUUCCAAAUUUUAAAAACCCAAAUCAGCUAAUGCCUAAAUAUUUAGUAUGCCUACUAGUGAGUAAGCUCAAUUGGGCUCAGCAGGGCUUACUUCUGAGUAAACAUGCUUUGGCUUGCACAUAAUAUAUAUUUGCAUCCAUAAGAUAGUUUCUGGGAAAUAUUCAAAGUUGCAGAAAAUACAUUUUAUUAUAACAGAACUGGUAAGAUUGCAACUAGGUUUCAAAAAUUAUUUGCCAUGCUGCAUGGGAUAGUGCUGAGAAACUUCAUCAACUGAUUAGCUUAUGUGUAAUGUGUAGAAAGCUUGCAGGAUUUGAUUAUUUUAAAAUGUAGAAAGAAGACUAUAGUUCUAAUUAUUCAGACAUUCAAAUGCACUAUACACGUUUGAUAUAAAAUUUUAAUAUAAACAACACACCAGCCUGAUUUUUCCAUCUUUUUAUGCUCAUAAAAUCAUUUAUACAAGUCAAAAGGUUGCAGAGAACUUCAGUUUCAUUGCUCACUUAACAAAAGUGGGGAAAUUAAAAGGUGUUUUUUAGAACUGAGCAAAGGCAAAACACAGAAUCAUAAGCUAAACAUAUCCCCCUCCUUCAUAUUACAUGAAAUCAUUUGCAUUGAUUCUAUAUUUAGAGAAUCUUAUGUAAAAUGUUAAUAUGAUCAUAUAUACAUGAUCAUAUAUACAAAAAAUCCCUUCACAUUCCCAUCAAGAAACAAGUUCUCAUUUCAGAUUGCAAAGAUUACCAGUAGCCUGUGGUUGGGUAGGUAAAAUCCCCAUGGUAAAUUACUUCAUGUAAUCAUUACUAUGUGAGCCAAAAUCUGUAAAAAUUUAAAAAAGAAAGAAAGAAAGAAAGAAAGAAAGAAAGAAAGAAAGAAAGAAAGAAAGUCAUUUCAGGAAGAUGCAGAAAUCCCCACACAUGCGACAAUAGAAUUUAUUACACAUAUUUUAGUUUAGUGAAAUUCCACACACCAGUCUAGAGGUUCCAAACACUUGGUUUUGGAGGAGCAGGGGAAAACAAAUCACUUUAUUAAAAUGGGCCUUUACCACUGAUGAAAAUGUAAUGUGGAUGUUUUAAAAUGUUGCAGAUACAGUUAUGGAGAAUAAUUAACUUACAACUUGAAAGUUACAAGUUAAAACACAACCUGUAAAAUGUAAUUCCUGGAACAGACAGAGUGGUGGUGGGUGGAACUGUUUAAAGAACAUCAGAAAUUGUUUUGCAUUUAGGACUUUUUUACACAAGGUUAAAAUUCCCUUUGAACCUCUCUUGUGCUAUUUAUGUAUCCGAUCAUGAUUCACACAGAUGAAGAAGUGGAGGGGAAGCAUUUGUAGUGUGCGUGAGCAUUCUGGUCAACUUACAUAUUUGCAACAAAUAUGGGAACUCCCCCCCCCCCAAAGGGCACUGGAAGUAGGAGCAAAAAAACAACGGCCAAAAGAGAUGCUUUUAUUGCAAUGCGUUUUGGACCCAACUAGUCCUUCUUCAGAGAAACUGAGAGUAAUGAUUAGGGAGUUGCAAUAGUUCAAAUCCCCACUCAGGCAAGAAGCUCACUUCACCCGGUGAGCCACCUUGGGCCAGCCAUGCUCUCUCAGGCUAAUCUACCUUACAGGGUUGUUGUGGGGAUUAAAAGAGGAGCAAAGAACCACACGCAUCACAUUGAGCUCCAUGAAGGAAAAUGUGGUACAUAAUUGUACUUUUUUCAAAAAAGUAAGCAUGUAGAUGUGCUGUUGCUUCUUUUCUUAUGAUUGGCCCUGAUAAUUCUCAUUGGUCACGAGGCUGUUGAGGCAACAAAGGAGGCAAUAAUGGAACCCAGAAUUCCUCCAUUCCUCUCCUGCCCAAACUUAAAAGGGGAUGUUAAAGCAGUUGUGCUGCUCUCUUGCUUCACAGCAGGCCCCUUUGCAGAAAAAAACAUAUCUAGGCUAAGAAUGGUUAGCUGGGGAAUUAGCUGUUCACAGAUCAAGAAUCCUUUUACGGAUGCACGAGCUAACUUUUUUCUUCUUACAAAUACACAGCCUUCAAAACCUAUUAACUACUGUAUUUUAUUCUACAAAUUCCAGGUUACCAGUUUUCAAACAGAGCCCCAUUUCAACUGGUAAGUCUCCCACUAACUAUCCUUACUGCUUAUCUACACACUGGAUUUCCCCUUUGAUACUAUUAGUCAAUUGUGAGGUGUUAAAAUAUGAAUUACUGGAAACAAGAGUGUUGGUGUAGCUGGGUGUCGAACUCACUUAAUAUGUUUUUUGGUAAAUAAAAUUUGAAGGAUGUAAGAUUCAUUGUUGUUGUUUAGUCGUGUCCGACUCUUCAUGACCCCAUGGACCAGAGCACGCCAGGCACUCCUGUCUUCCACUGCCUCCCGCAGUUUGGUUCAAACUCAUGUUAGUAAGAUUAUCAUAAGGAAUAUUAAAAUCUAGAAAUGUGACAAGUAGUAAGAGAUACUAGUUCUUUUCCCAAAGACAAUUGCCAGUGUUUUUAACCAUAAAGUGCUGCAUUGUGAAAAUAAUGAGGAAAGCAUGUCUUUCUAGUUUUUUCUGCUCCCUUUGUACAAACGGAAUUACCAAUGUAUAUGCCUCCCAAGGUGCAAAGCUCAUCCACCUUCCAUUCCUGUUGUGAUGAACGUAGCUGACUAGUGUCUCAUUCAGCAGUCAGCUGGUUUCCAAGGGGGUUCAGUAUGCCCUGGAAGGGCUUAACCAGGCAGAGCAAUGGGCCAUAGCAAAGUGGAUUAUGCUUUUGAUGCAAUUCUGCAGUUUAGAAGUUACAUAGCUGCGCACUUCAAAAAUGAAGCACAAUAUUUGUAAGAUUUCAGUACUUUUUUGUAUUCUAAAACAAGUUACAUUGUCCAUGGGGGUCUGUAGUAAUAAUAAAUUAUAAUAAUAAAUACAAAAUCAGAAGUACCAGCUAACAGAGUGGGACACAGAUUCAGUUAGUUUUGGAAUAAAAAGGUAAGCUACGCGUUCUGUGUUCUUUACAACCCAAAGGAAUUAGUGAAGUUUAAUAACUGAUGAGAGUGAAAAAUUAUAUUCUGACAGUUUCUUUUCCAGAAUGCCUUUAAUAGGAGAGGGUACACCAAAUGUAACAUUCACUAAGGAGGAGAACACAUAUGUGCUGACAUACUGUUCUUUAUUAGCAAGCUUCCAUUUCAGUCAAAUGGAGCCAGUGAUCAAGAGUGAAAUUUGGGACUUUAGAAGAAUGUAAACACAAGUUUUUAAUCUGAUGUUUACUUUGCUAUGCUUCUACACAGAAUGUCGUUUUAUCUAAGCCUUGGGUCAUGUUGGUGGAACCCUGGUAAACCCUUUCAUGGCUUCCCACAGUGUAACGCGCCAUUAGUCCCUUGAAGCUAAGGGUCUCAUAAGAAAAAUAAUUUUGAAUAAUUUUGGUUCUGCUGUCUUUUUGCCCCUCUCCCACUGACUCUAAUUAUCUUCAUGUCUUCUCUGCAGUGUGGACAGAAAACAGUCUUCCAAGUCUUGAAUCUUAAACAAAGGCUAUUAUGAUAGAGCAAUGAUCACAAGAAAAAGUAAAUUACAGUUCAAAACAUAUUUGCUGCUUAUCCCGUACACAGUUUAGCCUGUAGUUUUAAAUCCGCAGGAAUAACACUUUGCCAAUUACUGAGCAUUUAUGUUAAUCUGAUUACUCCCCUCAUGAACAACCUUAUGCUUCUGUUUAAGGAAUUUCUUACUCUUGAAUUUAGAGAAUUUGUUCAAAGUAUCAUAAUCAUAUUGUAAUUUCUAGCUUCCCUAAUGUUUAACAUCCCUCCUGGCUCUUUACCUGGCACAUUUUUUCACAAUCUGCUAAGAUGCUAAUUAAAUUAACAAAGAGAAAUGAACCAAAGGGAGAAGUUUCUGAGAGAUCCAAG